AUGAUCACCGGAUCCAAUCCUCUUGAUCCCCCACGCUUCAUACUCCGGUGGUUCACACGCUUUGUUGAGAUGGACAUUUGUGGUCAUGCAACAUUAGCAUCUGCUCACGUUCUAUUCUCAAACGGUUUAGUUGGUUCCUCUGACAUAGUCGAGUUUGCUACCCAAGCUGGGAUUCUGAUUGCUAAAAGCGUUCCAGAAAAAGGUUCUUUUUUGGUGGAACUGAGUUUACCUGAGAUUCUUACAUGUGAAUACAACUCAAACGAUGUCUCCAUGUUCUCCAAAGCCUUAAGUGGAGCUACCAUUUUUGACAUCAAGGGAACUACAACAGAUAGCACCGUUGUGCUUCCAUCUUGGGAUUCUGUCACAGGACUGCAGCCAAUAAGGGAUGAUAUCUUGAAAUGCCCUGGUAAAAUGUUAGUUGUUACUGCUGCUGCUCCUCCAGGAUCUGCGUAUGAUUUCAUUAGUCGUGUCUUUGGCCCCAAGAUAGGAGUCGAUGAGAGCCCUGUCUGUGGAAGUGCACAUUGUGCAUUAGCACAUUAUUGGAGCCUCAAGAUGAACAAGUGUGAUUUCGUCGCUUACGCGGCUUCGCCUAGGAGUGGAACACUCAAGAUUCACUAUGAUAAGGAGAAGCAGAGAGUUUUGCUUACCGGCGAAGCCGUGACUGUGAUGAAAGGCUCUGUCUUAGUUUGA